AUGUUUGGUCGACACAGAGGGAAGGGCUCAGCGCCGUCCGCUCCUCCGAGCGCGUAUCCCCCACUGGAGCCGAAGAUUCAGCAUCUCGCCACGAGUCUCAAGUACUUGCAGAAACACCAGCACGUACACCUCGACAAUCAGGACAUCAGCAGCCUCGGUAUCCGCUGCAUUGCCCUCGAGUUCACCACUGGGAAGGCGGCUGGUGACGGCCAGCAAUUCCUCCGCAUGCAUCCCUGGAAAUCUGUUGUCGCCAUCGCCCAGCAGCAUAGACUUCGCCAGUAUCCACAGAUCAGCCGUUUGGACGAUGCGGCCUAUUUGAGCUGGCAUGGAGCCCGCUUCAUGAGCAUCUUUUUCGAGUCUCUGCUGCUUCUAAGUAAUCCAGAGGGGGAGGAAAGCAGUUCAGGCUUGGUAUUGGGACCGCACGCUCAGAAUCCCGCUCAAGGUACCAUCUGGCGAAUGCUCGACUCCGGGGGUGGCAUGAAGAAUCUCCACCGUAGCAGUGAUACUCACCAGUUCGAUAUUAUGUUUCUUCUAGAGGCUCUGGAUGUGUCGAAGCCACACGUCACAGCAUUUCUCGCGAACCAAGAUGCCCUCGAGAACAACGCGCUGUUGUGGGGUGAAGUGUGGUGUCUGCUCAUGAUCAUGCUCAACCGCCUGGCGAAACCGCAGUACAGCCAUCAUCACGUGAUCCCCGUCACUAUCGUCUCUGUCUCGGGCAGGAAGCUACGCGUUGUACAGGCCUAUGUGGACGGUGCUCGGGGCAUUACGCAUGUGCAAAGGACGCCGAUCAUAAACUUCGAUCGGGGAACGGAUGCGUGCUGGGGAGAGACUCUCACAGUCUUGUCUUGGUUCCUGGGCGAGCCAGUCGGGAAGACCACGUGA